AUGUAUUUUAUCAAUUUAACUAUAUCAUUAUUACAAUAUCUUUUAUAUUUUUUUGCUUUUACACCUCAUUUAAUUGAAAGUCAGGGACAAUUUAUUUUACCACCCGGUUCAAGUCAACCUAUUCAACCAAUUAAAAAUACCAUUGGUGGUGUUUAUUCUAAAAAUGUUACAUUAUAUUUUAUGAAUUCUCCAUAUCGAGUUAAUCAAGAUUUGAUUGUAGAACAUGGUGUAACACUUCAUAUACAAACUGGUGUAAUAAUGUAUUUUGAUAGUGGUGUUGGUAUGAAGGUAUUUGGUAUUAUUGAAGCAUUAGGAAAUGAACAUGCACAUAUUCAAAUGUUACCAUAUCAACAACAAUUAAUAUAUGAUCAUAAAUUUCCAGAUUUUAGAUUAAUUGAUGGUCCAAGUGUUCGUCAAGGUAGAUUACAAAUUAAAGUUAUAGAUAAAUUAACACAAAUACCUAGAUGGAAAAGUGUAUGUACUGCAUUAACAAAUUGGACUUCUAUUGAUACAACAGUUGCAUGUAACUCACUUGGUUAUUCUGGUGGAGGAUUUUGGAAAUGGUAUUUAAGAAAUAAUGAUACAUAUCCAAUUGUUAUUUCAAAACCUAAUUGUCAUUAUGGAGCAUCAAAUUUAUAUGAAUGUGAGGGAUUAAAAGAUGUUAAUAAAAUUCCUAUGUCUGAAAAUAUUUGUCAGGGAGAGGAUGAUAUUGGUUUAUAUUGUUGGGGAAAACCAAUAUUUCGUGGAUGGGAAAAACAUUGGAAAGGAAUACAAAUAAUUAAUUCACCAUUUACUUUUGUUAAUGAAGAUCCUGAUGAAGUUUCUUUAAUACGAAAAUCAUAUUCAAGAUUAGAUUAUGUUGAUAUUAUGUAUGCUGGUUAUGAUUUACAAACAAAAAAUGUAACUCCAGCUGUAUAUGUUGAGGGUACACCACCAUUAUUUAAUGGAAUGAAAGUUUCUAAAUCUGCUCGUGAUGGUUUCUUUUUUUAUGAAUCUUCUGGACCUAUAUUUAUAACAAAUAGUACAAUUGAAUAUAAUCGAGGUCAUGGAAUUGCUGUUGAUAAUACAACUGAUGGAAGAUUAUUUGUAAAUAGUACAAUUAUUCAAAAUAAUUAUGGUGAUGGAAUUUGGUAUAAACAGAAACGUGGUGGUAUACAAUUAAUACAAAAAUUAAAUAAUAAUAGAUUUAAAAGGCAAAUUUCAUUUUUUGAGGAAGAAAAUGAUAGAAUAGAUAUGUGUAAAACACAUAUAUUACCAUCAAAUCAAUUUUUUCCUCAUUUAAUACGUCUUCAUUUACAAAAUGGAACUUUUUAUAAUAUUGAUGAUCCACCAUUAUGUUGGAUGAGUUUAAGUUUACCAUCAAGAUUAUCUUAUACAUAUACAAUUCAAUUUAUUGAUAUUAUUAAUAGAAAUAAUGAUGAUAUUGAAAGUAAAACAAAUUUAAUUAUUUGUGAUGGAAAUGAAAAUGAAAAUUUAUGUCGAAAUGAACGUUAUAAUAUUCCAAUAUAUAAUGGAAUAUUUCCUCAAAGUAUAUCAUUAAAAUCACACUCUCAACCAAUUUAUAUUGCAUUACUUCAUAAAACAUCUCCAUUAUAUAAUGGAAAAGUUGUUGGUGAUAUAGAAAUAAGAUUUAAAAUUCAUGCAUCAGUUUUAGAUAAAGGUAUUUAUGGGUUAAAUGUUACUAAUUCAUUAAUUUUUAACAAUACUGGUUGUGGUAUACGUGCCAUGGAAAUUAGAGAUAGAACAUGCCUUUCUAAUGUAACAAUUAAUAAUAAUGAAGGUUUAGCUGGAUUUUUAAUAAAAGAUGGUUCUGCAGAUGUAUGGGUUAAUGGUUCAAGUAUUGAUAAUAAUUGGGGUGAUGGUAUGAAUAUAUCAUAUGCUGGUGGUUCUAUUAAUUUUAAUGGUUCAACAUUAAUAGGUAAUAGAUGGAGAGGUUUUGCAUUCCAUCAAAAUGAUUCAUUACCAUUUUUACCAUUGAGACAGGAAAUAAUUUUUAAAGGUAGACCUUCAAAUAAUAGAUUUUAUCUAAGAACAAUAUUAGCACAUAAUCUUUGGGGUGGUAUGUUAAUAGGUAAUUAUUGUACCCCAUUUGGUAUGAAUUUUGAACCAAAAGUAUUUAUUAAUUGGGUAGAAUUUGUCUCAAAUAUCUAUCAUCCUCAUAUAGAAGUAUUUUCUUGUCAAAGGAUAUGGCCACCAACAGGACAGACACUUUUAGAUAUAUCUGGAAAUCGAAUAGAAAGAGGUACUGGUAUAGGAUUUAGAAUGGAACCUGCUGUAAAUGUUUUAGCAACAAUAUCUUCAAAUAUAUUUUUAGAAAUAAAUAAUACAGCAUUAUUAAUACGUAACUCAAAGCAUCCACAAUUAUCUAUACUACCAGCAAAAGUAAAUAUUAGUAAAAAUGCUUUUAAAUUUAAUAGAGGUCAAUAUAUUGUAAAUAUUGGUUUAAAUGAAGAAGCUGAAAAUCAAAAAAUGUUUUUUAAUCAACAAAAUGAAGUUAAUGAAAAUAAAGUAAUAAAUCCAUUUCCUUAUUUAAAACCAAGAUCAACACCAUAUGCAGCAUUAGUUGUGUCUAGUAGUAAUGUUAUCAUCCAACGAAAUUGUUUUCGUAAUCCUGAAGCUGAUUAUGAAAUUGGUACAGAAUUAUCUGAACAUGCUAAAUGGAUUGAUGCAAAAGAAAAUAAUUGGGGUAGUCCACAAAGAGAAAUUUUUAUGCCAAAAAUAUUUGAUCAAUUUUAUAGGUAUUCAUUAGCAUCAAUUGAAGUUAAUCCAUAUGCAGCUACUUGUAAUCAACUAAAUCCUAAAAUAACAUAUCUACAAGAAUAUUUCAGACAAUUUAAAAAAGAAAGUCAUCCUUUUAUAUUGGGAGGAAAAAUUUAUGAAAAUCAUGAUUUAGUUAAGGGAAGAUAUGUUGUGACGGAUGAUUUACAUAUUGUACCUGGGGCAAAAUUAACACUUUCUCCUGGAACAGUAAUAGAAUUUAGUGAUAAUACUGGUAUGCUUGUAGAAGGUGAAUUAUUAAGAACUGAUAUGAUUGAAUCAAAAGAACCAAUUAUUUUUACAGGUAAAAAAUUUAACCAACAAAAAGUUAAAAAUGUAAGAUUAAUGGAUGAGAAUGAUAAUGAAGACACCUAUGAAGGUAGACUUGAAGUAUUUAUUGAUGGUAAUUGGGGAUCUGUUUGUAAUAGAAGUUUUACAGCUUUUCAUGGGCAACUUGUUUGUAAUCAACUUGGUUUAAUAAUUGAUCCUGAAUUUUUUGAAAAUUGGAGAAUUUACCCACCUCCAGGGGAAUUACCAAUGAUUAUGGAUAAUAUUCGUUGUGAAGAAAAUGAAUAUGAUAUUACAAAAUGUAGACAUGAUGGUGUUAAUCAUAAUAUUGAAGCAUCCUGCCCUCCAACAAGUGUCAUUGGUCUUCGUUGUCUUGAACCACAUUGGGCUGGUGUUAGAUAUUCAUUAUUAGCUAAUCCACCAAUAUUUACCGGCCAACCAACAAUGAAUAAUUGGAUUAUAGAGAAGGCAGGACUUUUUGAUUUUAGAAGUAAUAUUUUUAAAGCAGCUCUACAAAUAGAUUGGAAUUAUCAUACAUUUGAAAAUUUAGUUAUUAAAAAUAGUUUUUAUCAUGGUUUAGAUAUAAUUUAUAAUGAUUUAACAAAAAAACCUGCCUUCAGAGAUUCUUAUUUUAUAAAUAAUCGUCGUGAUGGAAUUAAUAUUAGAUCUGGUGGUAUAACAAUAGAAAGAGUUUUUAUUAAUAAUAAUGGUAAUGCAGGAAUUCAAUAUAAUCCAAUGGUUCAUGAAGGUACUCAAAAAGAUAUUGUCUCAUGGUUAGAUAAAAAAGAACAACCUGAAAUGGAGGCAAAUAAUGUUUUUAUUGUUCCAAAUGGUAUAAAUCAAACUAUAACUGUUUUUGAAAGUCAAUUAAAUCAAAGAAAAUUUUUAGUUUUUAAGGAAAAUAACUUUUGUCCUAUUGAUUUAAACAAUCCAUGUUUAUGGGAAAUUGAUAUUGAAGCAAUUGGUAGUGAAUUUGGUAUGAAUGGUAAACUUGCAAUUCAACUUGUUAACAGAGCUGGUAAUGAAACUGAUGAAGAAGCAAUACUAACAGAUUAUAGUACCUCUCAAAGUUGGAGUGUUAGAAAAAAUACAAUUGAAUUUCCUAUAGUUUCCAGAGGAAACAGAAUGUCAUUAAAAUAUUCAAGAAGUUAUGGUAAACCGAAACUUAUUUUAUUAGUUCUUUUUCUUGAUACUCAAGAAUAUUUAGAUAGAUUUGUUCAUGUUUACAAAUCAGAAAUCAAAGGAAAUCAAUAUGCUGUUUUAUCAAUUCAUUACAGUAAUUUGACUUAUGAUGAUGGAACAAUUUUGAUAAGACGAUCUCAGGAAAUGUUAUGGUUCCAAAAAGUUAAUUUUACAAAAAAUACAGAAGCUGUACUUUGGAUAAAUAAUCCUCAACAUGUUGUACUUCCAGGAACAGAAAUUGCUGAAAUAACUUAUAAUAUUGAUAAUUGUUCAAUAACUGAAAAUUAUGGUUCUAUAAUAGAUACUCAUAGAGAUCAAUUUUCAUCUGCAAACAUUUUUCAUUGGAUAUUUUGGUCAAAUACAUUUGAAAAAAAUAAAAAUUCUGGUAUUUUUGUUCACCUACCAGAUAAUUAUAAUUUAUUAGAAACUAAAAAUCAUAGUUUUUUGAUGACAGAAAAUAGAUUCAUAAAUAAUACAAAUUUCCAUGUUCAUUUAAGAGGUUUUUAUGCAUUCUUAAAUAUUUCAUCAAAUAACAUUACUGAUAAUAUAUGUGAUAACAAAUUUGGUAUUCUUGAAAUAUCAGGAACAGAAAAAUAUAUGAUAAUAGAAAGAAAUAGAUUUUUACAAAAUCAUGGAAAAUGGAUGAUUAAAGUAGAUAUAGAAAGUCAUACAUUAAGAGAUCGUGGAAGUGAAAUUGAAGGUUUCAUUCAAUAUAAUUAUUUUCUAUACAAUACUUUUGUUAAUAAUUUAGAUGAUUAUGUUGAAACUUUACCAAGAUCUUAUGCAAUUGGUAUAUUUGGUUUACAAAAAAUUGAUGUUCAUUUUAAUAGAUUACGAAAUUUAUUGAUGGAUUUUGAGUUAGUUGCUGGAGUUAAAUCUAAAUUUCCAGCAGAUGAUGUUUUAAAUGUUACUCAUAAUUGGUGGGGAACAGGUAAUGAUGCAACAAUUUUUCAAAGAAUCUUUGAUCUUGAUGAUUGUACCAAUUAUAUUCUAGCUGGUUUUUCACCAUUUUAUGUAACAGAAGAAUUAUUUUUAGAUUAUUGGUGGCGUCCACAUAUAGGUCAACUGGCAGAGGCUAAUUAUAUUGAACCUGAUGUUUUAGAUUUAAAAGGAAGAAUGUAUAUAAGUAAAAAUAUGACAUUAUUAUCAGAAAGAUGGUAUAAAUUUCCAUUUUUUUAUAAACCAGAAAUUCCUUAUAGAAUUUCAAAAGAUUUAAUUAUUAUGCCAAAUGCUACAUUAUAUAUUGAGAAAGGAGUUGAAAUACAUGUUUCACCUAAUGUUAAUAUAUUAGUUCUUGGAGAAUUAAUUUGUGGUGGUACAUAUUGGGAACCUUGUCGUAUCAAACCAUUAAAUGAAACAGAAUUUAUUCAAACACAAAAACAAAAACCAACGCGAUAUAAAAGAGAAGUUUAUAAUAAUUUAUACGCAACAGAGAUAGAAUAUUUAAAAAGAAAUAGGAGAAAAGUAUCUAUAGAUCCAAUAUUUGAUAAAUUUCCCAUCUUACGUCGUCAAGAUCCAUACUAUCAAACAUUUGAAAUUUCAUUAGAAAGAAAUGGUUCAGCACCAAAUGCUGGAUUUCUUCAAAUAUAUAAUGAAACAACAGGAGAAAUUGUUCCUUCAUGUGAUAGGCAAUUUACUUUAAAAAAUGCUCGUGUUGUUUGUAAACAAUUAGGUUUACCAUAUUUAAAUGCUUAUCAUUGGAUUACACCACGUUGGGAUUAUAAUCCUAAAAUAAGACUUGUCAGAACAUAUAUGGAACCAAGAGAAUGUUUUGGUGAUGAAGAUCGUUUAGAUAAAUGUUUAUUAAGAAUGAGUGGAAAUGAUUCACAAUGGAUGUGUAUGGAUAAUGAACAUUUUAAUUAUAUUCAUUGUGGAAGUGAUGUUUCAUUAAAUAAAGAUUAUGUAGGAAAUUGGGGAUCACUUAUAUUCGGUCCAUCUACAUUAGAAUUAGGAAUAAAAACACAAGAAGAAAAAUCAAUAUUAAGGCAUAUAGAAAUUGUUGGUGGUGGUAGAUCUCAUAAUGAAUCUUUAGAUGUUGGAGCAUUACAAAUUGUAAGAAGAUCUCCUGUUAUAGAUGCACUUAAUGUUACUAAUAGUUCAAUGCAUGGUAUUCAAAUUAUUUCACCAUCUUCAACAGUAAUUUUAAAUAUGAUAAAUGUAACAAAUAAUAAAGGUCAAGGUAUUAAUAUUCUUGCAACAAAUCUUCAAACACCAAUGUCUACAUCAUUUGUUCCAACAGGUCCAUUAACAAUUCCUUAUUAUUCUCCUGGUUUAUUAGAUAUAUGUUCAACAGGUAAAAUAAUUAAUGUUCAAAAUAGAAUUAUACUAUUUUAUAAAUAUGAUUCUAUAAAUGUGGAUUGUAUUAAAGUUUUUCACUCACUUCGUGGUCCAAUAUCAUUUAGAUUUAUUCAUUUUAAUCUUUAUAAAUCAAAAACAAAUCUUGGUAGAUCAGAUGCAUUAUAUAUUUAUUCAGAUGCAUCAUUUAAACAACGUUCAUUGCUAAAAAAAUAUUCUGCUGAUAAUUUCGAUUCUAAAUCAUUACCAAUACAAUCAUCAACUGGCGUUAUAUCUUUACACCUUCGUGGAACAGCAGCUGAUGGUGAGUAUGGUUUUAUUGCUGAAAUUGCAAUAGUACCAAAUAAUCCAGAUACUGCAAAUGCAAUGGAAAUAAAUAUAAGAUAUGGAAAGUUAUAUGAAAAUGAUAGAGGAGCAAUUGAAUAUAGAAAUAUAGGUGAAAUAGGACCAAGUUUAACAAUUGAAAAUUGUGCUAUUGAUAAUAAUGGUUAUUAUUUAUUUGGUAAUAUAUCAACAUCAUCUCAAGCUGUUGAAGUUCACCUUCAUAAUACAUUAUCAUUUAAUUUUCGUAGAAAUAGUGUAACACAUAAUAGAGGUGGUUUAUUACUUACUGAUGAAUGUUCAUCUGCUGUAGCAAGAUUAACUGCCUUAAUUAAAAAUAAUGCUUUUGUUAGUAAUAAAAAUAGUACAACAUUAGCAUUUUUAGGUAAUAAUUAUCAAUCAGUUAUGAUUGUUGGAAAUAUUAUAACACUUAAUGAAGCAUUAUAUUUUGAUACAGCACUAGUUCAAAAGAUGAGUGCUAAUUUUUCAGCAAAUGUAUUUUCAAAUAACACUGGUACACAUAUCGUUAAUACACAAGGAUACUCAAAAAUUAAUUCAGAUACACAAUUAUUUUAUUUUAAUAGUUUUCAAGAUAAUAUUGCUCUUGGAUCAGGACAUCAAUAUGAGGAACGUUAUGGUUAUCUUUCAUAUGGUGAAAUUGAUGAGUUUAGUAGAAGACCUAAAAGGCAAGUCUUAACGCAACGUGGUGUUUCAUUUGACUGGUGGACACAUGUUGAUUUUGAUACAGCAAGAUAUCGUGGUACAAUACUUGCUGGAAGUUCACAACAACGUUUUUAUCAUAAUGUAUUUAAUAAUCCAUUAAAUGAUUAUGAAUUAGUUACCUCAAAUGCAUCUCAAUAUAUGAUUGGGCGUAUUGAUGCAAGAGAAAAUUACUGGGGUUAUCCUGGAACUUCUGGUGUAGCAUCUGGAAAAAUUCGUGAUUAUAAUGAUUAUCAUUAUUUAAUUUCUGUUGACUAUGAACCAGUCCUUGAAUCAAAUACUUCUUUAAUUGAUGGUGAUUGUCCUGCUGGUUGGUUUAUUGCCGGAAAUAAUGAAUUUAAAUCAUGUUUCUUAUUUAUUGGAGCUGUAAUGACAUAUAAUAAUGCAGUUAAUUUUUGUGCUGAAAUUGGUGGAUUUAUGCCUUACUUAAGAACAGAUGACAUAAGACAAAUGAUUCUUGCUAAUAAAAUAGAUUCAAUAGUAAAUUCUGAAAUAACUGAACCUGAAAAGAAAAAUUUACUUCCUGGUCAUCAAGAAGUAAGUAUUUGGAUUUCUGGUGUUUCUGUACCAUCUAUACAAUGUGGUAAAAUGAGUAGUCGAAGUGGUAGAAUUGGAAUAGAAAAUUGUAAUUAUCUUUUACCAUUUGUUUGUGAAAAAGGAACUAAACCAUAUCAAGAACCAAUUAUGUGGAGAAAAGGAUUAACAUAUUUUGUUAUAAUAUUAGGAUGUCUUAUUGGUGUUUUAGUUAUGCUUUCUGUAUGUUGGUAUUUUAAAUCAAAAAAACGUGAUGAGGAACAUAUUAUGCGAAAAGAUUUUGCUAGAGAAUCUGUUAAACGUAAACAGGAAGAAAAAUUAAGAUGGGAACAAUUAAAACAAAGGAACAUGUUAGAAAAUCAGAAACAACUUCAAAAGAAAGGUCAUGAGGUUGAUUCAAUUUCGAAAGCUCAUAUGAAUUUAGUUGAUGGUAAUGCUGCUUAUACAGCAUCAUCUUCUAGAACAACAACUUACUUAACAAAUAGUAGUAGUGCUACAACUCCAUCAACAAUAAGAACAGGGGUUGAUACAUUAUCUACUGAUGAUUAUACAGCUUGUACUUCAGUUACCAAUUCGUAUGGAGUUCCUUCAUCAAAUAUAAGUAAUAGUCGUGUUCAUGCAAAUCCUAAUCCAUAUGCUGAAAUUGAAACAUUUACUAGAAAAAAUUCAAAAACUCCUAUUAUAUUAUCAGGUAAACAAGACUUUUUAUCAGAAUGUUCAACAUGUGAUGGUACAGAAAGUUCAACAUACUCUAGUGUUAAGGGAAGUUCUGUAACUGAUGAAACAAGUAAUUGUUGUAGUGAGGUAAGAGAAGGAACAAAUUCAGAUAUUUCUUCUACUCAAACAUUAAUACCAAACACAAAACCAUCAUUUAUAACUUUUGGUAAGAGUAAUUUACCAAAUAGUAGACCAAAAUCAACAUUUAUCCCAAAAACAUCAGCCACAACAUAUUUGUCAUCCUCCAAACCACAAUUAAUAUCUGCCACCUCAAAUCCUUCUAUCCUAAAUUCAUUAAAAAGUGAAACAAAUAGUAGUUAUAAUAAUUUUGGUAAUCAACAAUCACCACAACCAAAAUUUAUUCAAACACCAAUGGUAUCAGAAUUAAGAUCAUUUUCAAAUUACCAACCAUUAAGACAAUCCGGUCGUUUACCAUUUAAUCAACCAGAUACACCAUCAAAAUCUCUUAAUAAUCUAACAGAAAAUGUUAACACUCAAGUAUCAGAUUACAAUAUAUCAAAAUAUAUACCAACUGAUAAAAAAAAAUCAUUAGAAACAUCAAUGUAG